AUGAGUAAAUUUAACUACGUAUUAAAUUUUUCUCCAGAUACUUGGACUCCAUCAAUGGAGUCUAAAGCAGAAGAAAAUUGCUUAGGAGGAAUACAAAAUUUUCCAUUUGCCCCAUCAAUGAAGAUUGACAGAUUGGGAGCUGUUUGCGACUUUUCUUACACAAGUUAUUCAAGAGGAAGAGACCCAAAGUCAUCUCAACCCGAUAAUCAAGACUUCCAUCUGGUUGAUUCUCGUCCAUUUCCGAAAACCAAGGUACGAUAUGUACAAAGAAAAUUUCAAAAAGAAACAGCUCAGGCAUACCAUCAGAAACAACAACAACAGGAGAAGGCAGAGAUGUUACUAAGACAAGGAAAGAAAAAUGCAAAGAUGCGUCAAGCUGGCACUCAACAAUAUCAGUAUUCUCGACACAGAUUUGUUUCUCGUAUGAGAACUUUAACGGAGUGGUCAAUAGAGCCACUAUCAUCAUGGAUAUCGGUUGCAGAGAUCCCUCUUUCGUCUUUACCAAAACAAUUCUUAGAUGUUAGUAAAUCAACAAUUGAAGAUAUUGGAUGGUUUGGUACACUAAAAAGUUAUAAUAAAUCAAUGGACCGUAUUUCUCCAAAAUUGCCAAUGGCUUUGAAAGAUUUUGGAAACAUGGAGUUUCUUCAACCUACAACUUCCGAUGAUGAGAUACUUAGAGACGCUUUACUUCAGCCAGAAAAGAACAUUGAUGUUGCAAUUACUGAUCAGAUCUUGGCAUGUUUGGUUGCUGCUGCACAAUCAAAAUACUCAUGGCAUAUUUUAGUAACAAAUGUAGACGGGAAGCUCAUCUUUGAUAAACAAGAUGGUUCAAUUAUUGAUUUAAUUACUGUUAAUGAAACAUCAGCUGAGCCUCCUCUACCUGACAAUGUAAAUAAGAACAAUAGACCUCAUUUGCUUGGCUUAGAGGCUUUGAAAUCUAAUCAGAAUUACACUCAAAAUAUCCAAAUUAAUGGAGAUGAAGGUAUUAUCAAACAAUUUGAACCAAUUCCAUUUUCUGAAGAACAUCAAGAUGCAAAUGUAGAAUCUAAGUGUUACAGAUAUCGUAUAUUCUCUCUACCCCCAAGAGCUGGGGCAUCAUCCAGCGAAAAUGCACAAAAAACCGUUAGAGUUGCGAUAAGAACAGAAAUAGAUGCUCAAAUUCCAAAUGCUGAAUCAGAAAAUAGCGGAUUCAUUUUUGCUCGAGCUCUAAAUGAGUACGAUCCAAAGACUGUUAAAACUUGGAAUACACAAUUAGAGAGUCAAAAGGGUGCUCUCCUUGCAACAGAAAUUAGAAAUAAUGCCUGUCAGUUAACCAAAUGGGCAACACAAGCUUUACUUUCCAGUUGUGACAUUCUCAAACUUGGUUAUAUUGUUAGAAGAACUCCUAAUGAUAGAGAGAGCCACCAAAUUAUUAGUGUCCAAUCCUAUAAAACUAAGGAACUGAGCGCUCAAAUGGGGCUUAAAGAAGAGAAUGCAUGGGGCAUUGUUCGUGCCUUGGUUGAUCUUUUGUCUGAACAACCAGAAGGUCAGUACGUCAUUCUUAGAACUCCCGUCAAGCAUGUACUUAGAGUAUAUAGAAUACCUGAUGAAGAAAGUAGUGAACUUCCUCAGGAUGAGCAAAGUCAUAAGGAAUAA